AUGGAGCCUCGAACUACGGAGCCAUAUUCCCAAACGCGUCCGGCCAUUGACCCUGGGUCUUCCAUUUCGCCUACAUCACAUCCUGCAAUGAUAUCGCAUCAUGACGAAGCAACACCUCGGUACCAUCACCGGCCUUCGACACCUGGUGCAGGCCCCGUACAUCUAUUACAUUACGCAACUUCCGCCACGCCACUCCGAAACGAUACCGCCUCUCCCAUCUCAACACAGGCCACCGCGGCCACCUUGGUUUCUUCCGAGACCAACACAACAUCGUACAGUGCCGACACCUCCCCCAGCCUGCAUCAGUCUAUUUUCUCUAUUAAAGAUGGAACCGACGUCUCUAACAACCGGCGCGCCAGUAGGAGACGUACCGGUCCUCUUUCCCAACAAUCUAGAGAGCGGGCUGCAUUGAUCAGGAAGCUUGGUGCCUGUCGCGAUUGCCGCCGUAGGAGAGUUGCUUGUCAACCAAGUCAUCACGACAUGACAUGGCAGGACCUUGUUAGCAAAUUCGAUCGAUCCCAUAGCCCUGCAAUGCCAGAAGCGCCACCUUCUUUGUUGGGGGCUGAGGAGUCUACAAGCUCCGUGGUAACUAUGCGGGAGUCUCAGGCGAUGUAUACAUCGGAGACACAAGAUAUGGAGAUUGAGGCUGGGCCGUCCACGUCACACCACCUUGGAAGCCGACUGUCGCUGAGCGACCCGCGGCUACGGACGCCUUUGCCAUCAGGCCCAAGACUCGAGAAGUCUCUUUCAUUGCCUGGCAUCGAAUCUUUCAAGAACGAUAUUCAGACUACAGCCAACAGAAUGUUGUCAGCUACAAAUCGCGGCCGAUAUCUCGACGUGCGAGCUCUGUUACUUGUAUGGCAAGAUGAUGAUGACGCAGCAAAUGUACAUGCUGCGACUCAAGAGCUAGCCGACGUGUUUGCAAAGCAGUACCGAUUCGUGUUUCGUAUACAGAUGAUACCUUCAAACGAGCGCGGAUUUGCCAAAGAUACUUGGAGGUGGCUGUCGAGAACACUAGACAGAUUUGCGGAAGAGGAGGAUCGGCGUGAAGUCUUGAAGAUUGUGUACUAUGCUGGGCAUACAUUUCUGGAUGAGAAUAGAGACAUGUGUCUUGCUAGCUCUCGAGAUGGCCAACAAGCAUCGAUUGUGAGGUGGAGCACGCUGCAACAGCCACUGGAACAGGCAUCUUCCGAUGUCUUGGUUAUAAUGGAUGCUGCGUUUUAUCCUUGCUCGAGGAUUCUUCGUAAGCAGGGUGUUAUGGAAAUUCUGGGAGCAUCUAUUUCGGAGGAUCAUGCAGCUUCACUGGGUCGAUGCACAUUCACGAGGGCUUUGGCUGAGCAGCUUAGGAUACGAGCUGGCCGCGCAAAACCUCUCUCGGUAGCUGAGCUACAUGCUAUUUUGCUGAGCGCGUACCCAAAGCUUGUCCAAGACCGCCACUCGGAAGCUGAAGGCAUGCUGAGCUUUCCAACACCGUUUCACAUGAUGGUGAGCGGCAACUCAAGAUUACCGUCAGUCUUUUUGAGUCCGAUGCAUCAGCACAGCGCGCACCGAAGCAGCUUUUCAUUUGAUAGCAUGCCGCAAAUCAGCCUCAACAGACUGCCAGAGAUGUUCGAGUGGAUGGCCCAUUCAGGACUCCGUUCAGAUGAAGUCGCAUGCAUUGACGACGACGACGACGACGACCACAAAUGA